GAGACAUGAAAUAGCCCCCUCGCGUCUGUCUCCCGUUCCGCCAACCUUCCCUCCCGCGUCGCCGGGGAGCUUGAGCUGCCGUUGUACCACUUCUCCCACGCUUCGCCCUCUCCGUGUUGCAACGACAACGCGCACACCGCAGCAGCGCUACACCGGUUGCCUACCAUGAAGAGAAAGUUUUCCUUCAAUCUCGCGCCCGUGAAGGUACCUCCGAAAUCCGACGCGCAUGCCAAACAGACGCCGGAGCCGACUCCAAAGCAUUCCUCCUCGCACCGCAGACACCGCUCAAAAAGCAGCAGCAUAUCUACCCUGGACUCGCCCUACAUAAACCGCCGGCUCCUCGACCCAAAGACUAACCAGGAGCUGCGUGCAGCAUGCGCCCUCAUCCUCCAGAACUUCAAGCCCUCCGAUCAUGACUUCGCCGACACCGAUCCGAAGCUGGAUUUCAACGGACCAGCCAGGCGGAGCGAACAGAGACCCCAGGUGCAGGUGCGCGCACCCACAGGCGCGCCAAUCGAGGCGAGGAACGUGCACGAUGCAAGGAGACACCAUCACAGCCACAAGAGCGAUCGCACUGAUGCCACGGCGAAAACCUACCCUGACCUGCCCAUGCAAGCAAAUACGGGCAGGCGAAGAGCGGAGCACGCUGCGGACAAAGAGGCGGAACGAAGGAGACACGUCAAGUCUGCCACAGCGGAAGCUCCCAGAACAGCAACGAUGCGCACCGAAACGACAGACUCUGACGAUGCAAAAAGCAUCGGAACGCCACUGUCUGCUUCAACCGAUGCCCAUCUGAACAAUGGCUCAACUGCACCUACCUCCGCCGCCUUUACGUCAUCGAGGAGCUCAAAGCGGACCUCUCGUCAUUUUGAGAGUGCAGCCGCAGUCGCUGAUGCUCAAGCUGCAGAGUGGAUGCGUCAAGAGUUGGAGAAACGACGGCAACAGCUCGCUUCGCAACCCCAAUCGGCAUCGCAGGAAGCACACCGGCCGCCCAGUCGCGCAAGCAGCAUCAAAGCUGGUAUCAGAGAAUACAUCUUCCCUGCAUCAGCCGCCUUGAGCCGGAGUCAGUCCCGUGAAUCCCUACGCACCAUGAACAGCCAAUCAUCGCAGGGUCAGCCAAAGCGCAGCGGCUCGUCUCACGGAUGGAGAAGCUGGGGCUUGCAGCGCAAGUCGAGCUCCCGAAGUAACAGCAGACCAGUCACGUCCAAUGGACAUCUGGAGCGUCCGGAGCAGGAGAAGAAACCGGAACUGAACCUAAACAGAGAGCUGCCUCCACUUCCUAGUCUGGACACAUGGAAGGACUCUGAACAACAGAGGAAAGAGCAACGCAAAUCGCAAAUACAGAGUGCCCACAUCGCGACAGUGAUGCGCUCUCAAGACAAGCAGCAGCAAGAGUACGCAGCAGCAGUCCGGCGGCACCAUCGAAGAAGCGGAUCCGACUCCUUAGCUGUGCGCUACGCAAAUGCUCAUCCGCAAGUUUCAGCCAGCGCUACACCCCGACCGGUAUCAAUGCAGAAGCGAACUGCUCCACACCUGGAGUCUUCCAUGGACUUUGAUCAAAUGAUGUCCGCCAUGUCAUCAACCCGUCACCUCGAUGACCACCUCAAGUUCAGCAUGAACGGUGGCCACGCACCGCAGCAGAGUGCGAGCGCCCUCUCCCGCUCUCCAAGCAUCAAAUUGAGCAGCGAUGGCCGCUUGCAAGCACCCAAUUUCUCGCGCAAGAUCAGCACGGAUGUAGCCCCCGCUUCGCGAGGCCGUGAGCACGCAUACUCGAAUGUGGUCCAGCUCCCGCCCAACACGCGAAAAGAAGAGCAGAAGUCGAAGCUGCGGAGAGUCCUCAGCGGGUGGAUGCUCAAGAAAGAGCGCAAAGAUGGCUGGAUGCAGAGGAUUGAGAAGGAGGGUGUCAAGGGUGGCGUUAUGAUUCAGGACGAAGCUGCGCUUCCUCCUGUCGUCCGAUACUGAGUCUAUUUUUCCUUUGUUGUUCCAUUCCUGGAUCUUCCCCAGAAUGUCCGCAUUCGCCACGCACACACG